AGUUAUCUAGGAUGAUAGAAUCUUUAAUGCUAAUUCUAAAUAUGUAAUUAGAAUUUUCAAAAAUCCUUUUUUUAUGGCAGAGAAAAGUGCGCUUCAAGAGUCAAAAUUUUACUUCAUUACUUAGUCAUAAAGAUGAAGGCCUAACUCAACAACGACGAAUUCUUUUGGAAAAACUGAAGUGAAUAAAUGUGAUAUAAUGUUCAAGGGGUACAAAAUAAUAAUAUCAAAAUUUGAUGUUGGAGGUGGCAGAUGUCUAGUCGUAUCCUGCUGGGUCCUUUAGUCGAAAGAGAAAAGUAGUGGAUUACCUAUAGACAUGUUGAUUCACUAAUGGGCAUCACAUUUCAUUGAUAGUUAGGAAUGCUGUUGGAUAGUAUAUCUGGUCUAUUUACUUCAUGAGAAGACUGAAAACUUUACUAGAACCAUAGAUUCACGUAUCCUUUUAAUCGACAACCACGAAAACCAAUGUUUUUUUCCCGAACAGCUAUCGAAUUUUUAGUAUGCUUUUAGAAAAACUUUAUUUUCUUCUUUUAAAUUACUCGUAGACCUAAUCAAGAAAUUAAAGACAGUCAAGACCGCUACAGAAGUAACCAUAGAUAUAAUUCUGAAUAUCGACUUAAAUAAAAACUUUUCUUUUUGAGUUUUUCAUAUUGACAUAAUGCAUCUAUAUUAUAUUUAUAAUUUUCUACUCUGAGCUUGAAACAAAAAUUCGAAGUCAUUUCUAGUCUAACUACCUUAGGAUUUUUAUCGAUAUAGGAGAAGGUAUGUAGUUCGAAUUCUACGAAGAUUCAAAACGUUGUCACUUUAAUUCUGAAUAAGUCAUAUGACUAAACUUGAAUAAUCUGAUGUUUCAAUCAAGAAUUUUUACUGUGAACUUAAAAUUUUAAUUGAAUAUUUAUUUUAGAAUGCAUAGUAAAAUGUCAACAAUUUGUUGAAAAAUAUUCUUUUGCUUAUUGUCUUAUGGCAUUAAGUUCACGAUGUAGUUUAUUACGAGCUGUUAUUUACAAUUGUCUUGCUCGUUUUGAACAACAUUUAAUAUGA